AUGGUACCCACUCUUUACAACUUUACUAAGGGGUUCUCCUUUAAUGUUCGAACGCUCUUCAAAAUUAUUAUUGUCUCCUUGCAGGCAGAAAAUGCAUCCCUUGACCCCAAACCUUUCACUAAUGGCAGGAAAAUUGUCGAGCAGUCAUACCGGAAUAAGAGGAUCCCCGAACGUGCUUUAGACAUUAUGGUGAAUUCAGUCACCUCAUCAACUCUGAAGCAAUAUGAGGGACCGCUAUUGAAAUGGUCAAAAUUCUCCAAAGAGGAGGGAAUUAACAUGUGUAAUCCUCAAAAUAUUGAUGUGAUCAAAUUUUUAACUUCAAGAUUUGAUGAGGGAGCUAGCUACGGUACCUUGAAUUCUACUAGAGGUAUUUCGAAGAAACGUCCUCCAAAACCGAAAUAUUCUGAUACAUGGGUGUUGGAAUUCCUGGAAGCCGACAGGAUUCCAUCACCAAUACUUACGCCUGCUCACCGUCAGGCAAAAUCAAAACAAUCCAGUUGUUACUAUGGGCCUACUUAG